CUUUCCACAAAGCACUUGUUAAGAUGGCCAGCACCGUUUCUUCAACUUCUAAACUUUUGAGCCGCAUUGGCAGCAAUUUGCAAAAUUAUCUUGCGCCUGCUGCCAUCAGUGCAAACCACCAAAGAAACUAUGCUGGUCAGAAGAGAAUCAAGGUGGACAAGCCUGUAGUAGAGUUAGAUGGAGAUGAGAUGACUAGAAUUAUCUGGGAGAAAAUCAAGGAACAGUUAAUUUUCCCCUACCUCGACUUGGAUUGUAAAUACUAUGAUUUAGGUUUACCUUACCGAGAUCAGACCAAUGAUCAAGUUACUAUCGACUCAGCAGAGGCCAUCAAGAAAUACAAUGUGGGUAUUAAAUGUGCCACCAUUACCCCUGAUGAAGAGAGAGUUGAGGAAUUUAAGUUGAAGAAGAUGUGGUUAAGUCCUAAUGGUACAAUCAGGAAUAUUUUAGGGGGUACAGUGUUCCGGGAACCAAUCAUCUGUCAGAAAAUACCUCGUCUUGUCCCUGGUUGGACACAGCCUAUUGUUAUUGGUCGUCAUGCAUUCGGUGAUCAGUAUCGAGCCACUGAUUUCGUUGCCCCUGGACCUGGUAAACUAGAGAUGAUCUAUACACCCAAUGGUGGACAACCUAAUAAAAUGACCGUGUAUGAUUUUAAAGAUGGUGGAGGAGUCGCUCUUUGUAUGUACAACACAGAUGAGUCUAUAACCAACUUUGCUCAUGCGUGUUUCCAAUACGCCAUCAUGAAAAAAUGGCCGCUGUACAUGAGCACAAAGAACACCAUUUUGAAACGCUAUGAUGGCAGAUUUAAAGAUAUCUUUGAAGAAAUCUUUGCAAAACAAUACAAGUCUAAAUUUGAUGAGUUAAAGAUCUGGUAUGAACAUAGAUUAAUAGAUGAUAUGGUAGCUCAGUGUUUAAAAUCAUCAGGUGGUUUUGUCUGGGGUUGUAAGAAUUAUGAUGGUGAUGUACAGUCAGACAUUGUCGCACAAGGAUAUGGAUCUCUGGGUCUGAUGACCAGUGUAUUAGUGUGUCCUGAUGGUAAGACUAUUGAAGCCGAAGCUGCUCAUGGAACAGUCACCAGACAUUAUAGAGAACAUCAAAAGGGAAAUCAAACAAGUACGAACCCUAUCGCCAGUAUUUAUGCCUGGACUCGAGGUUUAGAACAUCGUGGUAAAUUAGAUGGAAAUCAAGAUCUUCAACGAUGGGCUCAAUUAAUGGAGAAGGCUUGUGUAGAUACAGUUGAUAGUGGUAAAAUGACAAAAGAUUUAGCUGGUUGUAUCCAUGGUCUCAAAAAUGUGACCCCCAGUCAUUAUUUAAACACCAUGGAUUUCCUGUCAGCCAUUUCUGAAGAGUUCGAAAGACAAUGGAGUAAAUAAAGUGGUCUUGGUAGACAGCUAAGAGUCUCGCUGACAGUCUAGCAGGAGUUUAGAUAUAUUUAUUGGUAGACAAGGCAGCUGCCUUUUCAUUUCAUUUUCAAUCUGUAAUCAUGGACAAUCAUUUUAUAAAAGAUCUAAAAUCUUUCGUUGAAAAACAAAACUGACAUUUCAAUGGAGACAAGAUAUCAAGAUUAAAUAACUGAACACAAUUUUAUGGUAUACUACUCCUGAGUUUUAUUGUUCGAAACAAUAUAUUUGUUGAAACGUUGUGUGUAAUAAAACUAAGGAGUAAUAUACCAUAUUAUUGUGUUCUAGUAUUAAGUGGGAUCUCUAAAUAUCGUUAAACAAUGUAAGAUAUUUAGUAGUAUUAUAACCAAUAUAUUGCUGUCAGUAUAUCUCAUAUUCUAGGGUGCCAUAGACAAUAACAGUGCUAUUUUUGAGAAAAUGUUGAAAAAAGAAAAUGAAAAAAUAUCCAUUUAUUG